AGAGCGCGCGGCCGGGAGCGGCGGUGGCGGAGGCGGUGAGGCUGCGGGCUGGGAGCUGGACUCCGGCUCCCAGUGAGCGGAACCCCUCGCGGUGCUGAGCCCACCGCCGGCCCCGGAGCCAUGGAGAUCGGCACCGAGAUCAGCCGCAAGAUCCGGAGUGCCAUUAAGGGGAAAUUGCAAGAACUAGGAGCUUACGUUGAUGAAGAACUUCCUGAUUACAUUAUGGUGAUGGUGGCCAACAAGAAAAGUCAGGACCAAAUGACAGAGGACCUGUCCCUGUUUCUAGGGAACAACACAAUUCGAUUCACCGUAUGGCUUCAUGGUGUAUUAGAUAAACUUCGUUCUGUAACAACUGACCCCUCUAGUCUAAAGUCUUCCGAUACCAACAUCUUUGAUAGUAAUGUACCUUCAAACAAGAGCAGUUUCAGUCGAGGAGAUGAGCGAAGGCAUGAAGCUGCAGUGCCACCUCUUGCAGUUUCUAGCACUAGACCUGAAAAAAGAGAAUCUAGGGCUUCUACAAGUUCACAGGAGCAGAAAGCCACUAAUGUCAGACAGACUUACGAUGAUGGAGCUGCAACCCGACUAAUGUCAACAGUGAAACCUUUGAGGGAGCCAGCACCCUCUGAAGAUGUGAUUGAUAUUAAGCCAGAACCAGAUGAUCUCAUCGAUGAAGACCUCAAUUUUGUGCAGGAGAAUCCCUUAUCUCAGAAAAAACCUACAGUGACACUUACGUAUGGUUCUUCUCACCCUUCUAUUGAAAUUUAUCGACCACCUGCAAGUCGAAAUGCAGACAGUGGUGCUCAUUUAAACAGGUUGCAGUUUCAACAGCAGCAAAACAGUAUUCAUGCUGCCAAGCAACUUGAUGUUCAGACUAGCCGGAUAUAUGAAACAGGACGUUUGUGUGAACCAGAAGUGCUUAACAGCUUAGAAGAGACUUAUAGUCCCUUCUUCAGAAACAGCUCAGAGAAGAUGAGCAUUGAGGAAGAAAACUUUCGGAAGAGAAAGUUGCCUGUGGUAAGUUCAGUUGUUAAAGUAAAAAAAUUCAGUCAUGAUGGAGAAGAGGAGGAGGAAGAUGAUGAUUGUGGGUCCCGUACAGGAAGCAUCUCCAGCAGUGUGUCAGUGCCAGCGAAACCUGAACGGAGACCUUCACUUCCACCUUCCAAACAAGCUAACAAGAAUCUAAUUUUGAAGGCUAUAUCUGAAGCUCAAGAAUCCGUAACAAAAACAACUAACUACUCUGCAGUCUCACAGAAACAGACACUUCCAGUUGCCCCCAGAACUCGAACUUCUCAAGAAGAAUUGCUAGCAGAAAUGGUCCAGGGGCAAAGCAGGGCCCCCAGAAUAAGUUCCCCCAUUAAAGAAGAGGAAACAAAAGGAGAUAAUAUAGACAAAAGUCAAGGAACUCAGCAGAGGCAAUUGUUAUCCCGACUGCAAAUUGACCCAGUAAUGGCAGAAACUCUGCAGAUCAGUCAAGAUUACUAUGACAUGGAAUCCAUGGUCCAUGCAGACACAAGAUCAUUUAUUCUGAAGAAGCCAAAGCUGUCUGAGGAAAUAGUAGUGGCACCAAACCAAGAGUCGGGGAUGAAGACUGCAGAUACCCUUCGGGUACUUUCAGGACACCUUAUGCAGACACGAGAUCUUGUACAACCAGAUAAACCUGCAAGUCCCAAGUUUAUAGUGACGCUGGAUGGUGUCCCCAGCCCCCCAGGAUACAUGUCAGAUCAAGAGGAGGACAUGUGCUUUGAAGGAAUGAGACCCGCACACCACACUGCAGCCUCACACGAGGGACUCGCGGGUCUCCUCCACCCACAGCAGUUGCAGUUGCUGAGCAGGCAGCUUGAGGACCCAGAUGGUAGCUUUUCAAACGCUGAGAUGAGUGAACUGAGUGUGGCACAGAAACCAGAAAAACUUCUGGAGCGCUGCAAAUACUGGCCUGCCUGUAAACAUGGGGAUGAGUGUGCUUACCAUCAUCCUGUGUCACCUUGCAGAGCCUUCCCCAAUUGUAAAUUCGCUGAAAAAUGUUUGUUUGUUCAUCCAAAUUGUAAAUACGAUGCAAAAUGUACUAAACCAGAGUGUCCCUUCACUCAUAUGAGUAGAAGAAUUCCAGUACUGCCUCCAAAACCAGCAGUUACAACACCAGCAUCACCUUCUAGUAGUCAGCUCUGCCGUUACUUCCCUGCUUGUAAGAAAAUGGAAUGUCCCUUCUAUCAUCCAAAACACUGUAGAUUUAACACUCAGUGUACAAGACCUGACUGUACAUUUUAUCAUCCCACCAUUACUGUACCACCACGACAUGCCUUGAAAUGGAUUCGACCUCAAACCAGUGAAUGACACCCAGUGCUACCUGGCAGAAGACUAUGAAGUUUGAAAGUUUCCAUUACUGAUGAAAGAAAGACAUUCUACAGAAUUUGUCAAAUCUUUGAAACUUGGAAUAUAUUGCUUUCAUAAUAAUGAAGUUUAUUGCCUAUCUGAAGUGUCUAAUUUUUCAAGUUUGUACGUUUAUUAAGUGAUUUUAACAUUGGGUGUUUUUUUGUUGUUUUGUUUUGACUAUGGAAAGAUAGUUUCAGGAGAAGCCGAAUUCUAUUAAAACAUUUGAGGCAUGUUUGUGUGUGAAACUGCUGUGUUCAAGUAUCAGCAUUUACAAUGUUGGUGAUAUCAUUGUUAGUACUGAUAAUCCAGUUUCAGGCUACAGCGUUGCUGUGUGUGUGGAGAGAUGUAUGAGGGGAGUGUCCUUAUUCCAAAAGUUGGAUUGCUGUUUUCUUCAACUCUGAAAACAGGAGUGGCCCAAAGUGUUGAGGUGGCUUAAAACAGUUAUUCAGUCCUACUUUUAAAGUGAAGUUAGUUUGAAAAACAUGAUAAUACAAGCUUCUUGGGUUGAGUGCUGCUUUGGUAAAUCGUUCCCAAAUCUCAGUCCCUUGCUUUCUGAGAAAGGAUGAGUGAGGUGGGGCGUGUAGGGUGAAACAGUUGGAAUGGCAAGGGCAAAAAAUAGGAACAGUUCCUUAAAAUGCCUUCAUUUACUGUUAACAUAUGUUUUUUAAAUAAAUAUUUUGGGAUCUACAUUAUCACAAAAUUAUACAAAAUUUUUUUACAAGUAUAUACAUAAGGUAUCAGAACAAACUUUAAACUCACAAGAUUAUAGCUAUACAUAUAUAUUUUCACAUUCUGAAAAAUCACAUUCUCAGAAGUAACUAACUCCACAGAAAAUAUAGUUAUUAUUGAGAUAAUUUUUUUAAUGUAAAAGAAGUUAGAUUUUUUAAAAUGACAGACUAUAAUUACAGAGAUCAGAUGAUGGGUAAACUGCAAAAUAGGACUAAACUUUUGGAAUACUGCAUGAAAAUAGGGUUUUGUGUAUGUGGUUUUAAAAUUGUUAAGGCAAGAAGUGUCCAAUGCUUUAGAAUUAAAUAACGGAUCACUGAUUUUAAAGACGAUGUAGUUUUUUAAAAAGUAAAGCUAAAAGUUGGUUAGAAAAGAGUUAAUGCAAAAGGGAUAGUUAAAGACUCAAAAUAUUCUCAGGACCAAAUUAAACUAUUAAAAAAAAAAGUUCAUUGACUUGCUUAGUCAUAUACCCAAGGGAUAAUAAAACUACGUGUGUAAAAGUCCACGUUUCAGAGCCUAAAACCAGCAGCCUUGUGGCCAUCUCUUUUCCAUUGAGAGAAGAAAGAAUUAUCCAGUUAUUAAACCAUCUUUUAAGUUGCACUUUGCUGUGCUUACAAGACUUGAAACAUUAGAAAAAGACAGUGCCCACAAGAGCAUGCAUAAAGCUAUCAUGUAGUUAGUGAGGCUUGGGUGAAAUGAAUGACAAUUCCACUUCAUUCUAAACAGUUUUCUUCAUUGAACUGAAGGUAUUUUUUCAUUCCAGUGUUAACUUACUUGAGAUGCUUUACAUCUGUGCAGAAGAAAUUUGUUUUAAAUUGUAUUUCCAGAAAUUUAAACAGACUUUUUAGUAUCAUUACUUGUAAGUGGAGUAUAGUUGCAUUCUCAUCAUUUCACUGUAAAAACGUAACUGGGAAACAAACAAGAGCUUCAAGUGGUUUCAGUUCAGCCAUUUUACAGGGAAAUAAUAACAUGCUGAAAUCAGAUUGUUUUUUGCUAUUUAAUAGACACAGCCUGGAGACACAUUUAAGAGUUUUUUCCUUGAGUUGCUAUGGUUUAUGGGCAAGCUAAGGUUGACUCUAAAAUAUCUGUUGGGUAACUAACUUGGUCCAAAACGAACCAUCAUCGAAAAAGAUCACCAAAAAUAAGGGAACAGACGUGGCUAGCACUCCAUGAUGGAACCAGGGUGCAGAGGGUGCUUUGGCAUGCACCUGCCAGAAGCAGGACGAAAGGUGCUAGGAGAAGGCUCCGGGUACAAAUUCGGGAGUUCAGUCAAAUACUGCACACAAAAAUAAUUCUCUGGGUUAAAAAAACAUAGGGCAUAAUCUACAUGGCCUAUUGUGGUUAUUCACCUUCCCUUAGUUGACGGCUCCUAUAAGCAAGGUGGCUGUGGGAUGACUACUUAAAAUCAACGUGACCUUUAAUCGGGAAACUGACAACAGUGAUUCAGGCUGGCUUACCAGGUUGGCCACUGGGAAGAACAAAAAUGCAGUGGAAGCAAUUUUAUCCUAUAUAGUUUAUUUGCUUAAGGUUAUAGUUAAGAGUUUCUCCCCACACUGUAAAGGAACUGGAAUUUCUCUUUAGCCAAAAGCAGGUGAACUUGACUCAGAAGGAAAAUUUGAAACUGCAACAGCCUCAAAAAUAUGGGGAGAGGAGAGUGUGGUUCAUGGGAUUUUUUUGCUCUAAUUUAUUGGCUGCUCCUUUAUAAUACACAUGAAUAGAAACUUAAUAUUAGUGUUUUCUCAAAUUGGGCUUAGUUUAGGAGAAUCCAUUGAUAA